CAAGAAAUUGUCAAAAUCUUCUUGCGGUCACACACUCUCACGGGUUAUGUGAAUAUAUGAUACAUAACAGGUACAGUGAAGAGCAACAAGCUCGGCCCGUUGCUUCAUUAGAUGAGCACGAUUGGCUACGGAAAAAGAGGAGCAAGCAACCUUACUUGGUUGAGAAACAAAAUGGUUAAAACUCCUGCUAAGAAACAAAGCACAUUGUUUUCGUUUUUUAAUAAAACUCCUACUAGAGGAGUCGCAUUGUCAUCCAUCAAAGCUGUAGAGACUAGGAAAAGAAUCGACAAUACUAAGGGUAAGAAACGUAAAGUUGGUGAUGUGGUUGAUAUCACAGAUGAUGAGACGUCGGAGAACAGUAAGCGAACAACACUUCAUAAAGUUGUGCGCGAAAAUGAUUCAGAUAAAAAUACUGCACUUGGCAGUACUGAUUUCGAGCUGACCGACGAAGAACGGCAGUGGCUGUUUCGAGAGGCGCUGGCUGCGAAUAGAAAUUAUUGUGGUGUUGGCGAGUGUUCUAGUACGCACAUGAAUAAUACUGCUCUCAAUAGCGCGCAAUCUUUGCCGAAAUACAAAGUAACGCAAGAAAGGUUAGUGACUAGCAAGAGUGUGGUUGCCUUGGACAUCGAUAGGCAACCGGGGAUGGUGAAAGUAGAAGGAGGGAGCGGAGAUCUACAACUGACCACGACAUCUCCCGCUGUAACUCAUUCAGUACCUGUAAAGAAAGAAAAUGUGAUAUCGAAUUUGGCUGAGAUUGCUAUGCCGUCGAAAGGAGGCGUGCUAUUCCUAGAUAUGAGUCAGACCUUUAGUGAGUUGGAGAAGGAAUCUGGACGCAUAAAGAACAGUUUCGUGUUGAUUCGCUUUAUAUGGAGGGUUCUGUGCGAGAGUCAAGAUGAGCUGAUAGAGGCCGUUUAUCUGCUGAUGGGGAUGCUUGCGCCUUCGUACGAAAAUAUCGCCUUGGGUGUCGGCUCCGCUUCGUUAGCGAAAAUUAUUGUGGAUACCACUGGAUCGAACAGGAAUACUUUCAGAGCCCUCGCGAGUGAGCAUGGCGAUAUGGGAGAAGCCGCUUAUCGUCUGGCACCCAAACAACGUAGUCAGAUGUUUGUUGUGCAGAAAAAAGCAUUACGCAUGAGUACUGUACACUCCCAGUUAUUACACCUCAGCAAAAUAUCUGGAAGUAAGGCACAGAGCAAACGAGAGGGCGUGCUGAGGAAGUUGUUUGUCGGCAGUUCCCCGGUAGAAAUGAAAUACCUUGUGCGAUUGUGUGAGCUAAAUUUGCGUGUAGGCGCUGCUCCCAAGACCAUCCUCACAUGUCUCGCGUACAGUCUAUAUAUGUAUCUUCAUCUCAACAUUGUAACAGAAGAGGAGUACGUGAAGUAUGAUCUCAAUCAACUCCGCAAAGAUCCUGACGUGCAAAUCGCAACUCAGUCGUUGUUAUCAGCGUAUAGUAGGUGCCCGAAUCCACGCGUUGUUUUAGAGACAGCACUGAGACUGAAAGAUAUAAAAGGUUUGGCUGAGAAUUGUCCCCUUACACCCGGUAUUCCUGUUAAACCUAUGCUUGGGAAGCCUGUUACAAGUAUCCAUGCGCUGAUGGAAAAGCUCCAGGAUGCGAUGAAAAGUAAUAAGUUUUCGGCUGACCAGUCGAAUAACCAGGAGAAGCAGGAUGCUGCGGUGAAAUACAUUAAGCCGGAGGAGAAAGCCGGGCAAGAGCAUCUAACAGCACAGCAACCCUUUGUUAAGGUUGAGCAUGAUCUACACAUCAAUACAGAAUCUCCUUCCAUAUUCUGUUGUGAAACGAAAUACGAUGGGCAAAGAGUUCAGGUACAUAGACUUUCUGAUGGCACCUACCGGUUUUUUAGUCGGAAUCUGUUGGACAAUCAAGCAUGGCCUGAUCUCAUUCCGAUGCUGCAACAGUCCGCGGCGCAAGCACAGGCGAGAACAUCAGGCUUGCUCUCUGAUGAGGUAGGAACUGCAAAUCUUGACGCCAAGGCGAAAGCCAACGCGGGGGAUGAGAGCAUAGUUCGUGUGAGUGCGGACGCAGGAAACACUAGUGUUUCAUUCAUUAUCGAUGCCGAAGUGGUGGCUGUGCGUCGUAAUGAGAAGAAGCCAGAACAGAGAGCAAUUCUGCCGUUCCAAACCCUAUCUACACGUGGGCGAAAUAACGUGGAAGUAGGUCGGAUUAAUGUGCAGGUUUGUCUGAUGAUAUUUGAUAUCAUGUUGUACGACGAUAGGGCGCUCACAAGCAUUCCUUUAUUAGGGAGAAGGCGGACACUUCAGCGGGUUUUCGAUGUGAUACCCGGUUGUGUGGAAUUUACGGAUUCGAUCGAAACUUCCAGCGAGGCCGAGGUCACGGCGCACUAUCGCAAAAGCAUCGUCAUUGGUGAAGGACUUAUGUGCAAGCGUCUGACAGACGUGUAUGAGACCGGAGAGAGGGGUGAUAGCUGGUUUAAACUGAAGAAAGAUUACAUUGUAGAAGCCGAUGCACCUGCGAAAGCGCAACCUGAGACGGGUGAAAGCUGUAAGGACGGGGAAGGUGCGGAAAAAUCAUUGUGCGGCGACAGUCUCGAUUUGGUUCCCAUCGCUGCAUGGCGAGGAAUGGGACGAAAGGCCAAAUGGUAUUCACCAUACUUAUUGGCGGCGUAUGACAGAGAGACGGGAUAUUACCACUCUGUAUGUAAAGUGAUGAGUGGUUUCACCGAUGAGGUAUACAAGCGAUUUCACAGAGACAUGACUAUGGAGGGUUUAAGCAGUAAACCAUCGGAUUAUAUCGUAUCGGAUACGUUCCGGCCGGCUAUAUGGUUUCCACCCACACGCGUGUGGGAGAUUAGAGGUGCAGAUCUUACUAUCUCUCCUGUACACACAGCUGGCCAAGGUAUGGUCGCUGAAGAUUCGAAUAAAGGUGUAUCGUUUCGCUUUCCGAGAUUUAUCAGGGAAAGAGCAGCCGAGGAUAAGGCUCCAGAAGACGCCACGAGCACAGCAGAAGUGGUAGAGAUGUUCUUCGCACAAGGGCAAAAGAUCGAUUCGGGUAUCCGAGACGAUGAAUAGUUAUAGUGUCACACGUCACAACCUUUUUUUGGAUUACACGCCACAUUAUAAAUUCUGUUCAGUACAUGCCACAUUUUUAUUCUAGAUGACUGACCCCAUAUGCAUUGGAACACCCGCGAAGGCCGGGUAUCUAAGUAUUAAUCACAAAUCUUGAGGUAAUAAACCCUUGCAGCUGAACGAUAAUGCAAAUGGUCAAAGGCAUAGCACAAUCGAUUCUGGGAUGUACAUAUGCAUUUGUUAUGAAAACCGAUACUUAAACCAGCUACUUUGCGAAGCAUGCGGAUGCCUCCCUAACUUAUUGCUCAGUUGAGCUGACCC